AUGCGGAACUCGCACGUGCUAGAGCGGCGGACACUCUGCUUCGUACUCCUAUUAUUUUUAGACAAUGACUUUCGCUUUGUUGCCGGUGUAUCUGUGGAGACAAUCACCACAGAGUACAUCAAUCAGCCUCAAGGACCACCACCUCCCCCUAAUUCCGUGUUAUCGAUAACAUCAACCAACAGAUUCCUACCAGACCCACCAGCACCUAAGGUAUAUUCAUAUGGACCUUACCCACCACCGACUGUUGUAAGGCCUAACUAUUACGAAACCUAUCCAGCAUAUACAACUACUGUUGAAAUAUCAAAUCCACCAACGAAGCCAGAACCAGAGAAGGUCGAAAGUCCUCCUCAGCCCCCAACUCCACCUCGGUACCCGCCUUUCCCCCCUAAGCCAUCGAACCCUCAAACAAUUGUACAAGAAACCUUACAAACAAAAUAUUUUCCGGAUAGAUACCCUCAGACAGUAGAGACUAAAACCACUAACUAUACUAUUCCAUCUAACGAAAUGAAUUCGAAUAAGUCUGUGAUUUUGCAAAUCAACGUGCCUGCCCCGGAGCCUGUCGCAACUAUUCUACCUCAACCACCUUGUAUGUCUACAUAUGACAGUUCUCCUUGUGGAAUGCCUCCUAGUCCUCUCAUCGUGAUGGAAAAGUCUAAAUCUUCAUUGAAGAGUAUUCUUCCAAUUCUCUUCUUGUCCCUUUUUGAUGGAGGUCGCGGAAAUAAUGGAUGUUGUUGCUGUCCAAAACCUAACAAUAUACCGGUACCUUACCCCAUUCCUGUUCCUUACAACAACCCUGUUGUUACGACUCAAGGUAAAGGGAAGAGCAAGAAACCGGCAAAAGAUAAUGAUGACGAUGACAAUGAUGACAAUUGA